UCGCCAUAAAAAAUGCACAAACUCAUCUCAUAUAUUUGAAAAUUUAGUUGGAAAUCAGAGCACAAGCCAUUUCGCUCCCAAUCACUGGCCAUUUAGUUAGAAAUCAGAGCACAAAGAUCGUCAUCGUCUUCUUCCCCUUCUUGAUGAUCGUCUUCGGUUUCGUUCUGGAUAUCAUUUUUGGUGGUCUCAUCUGCUCGUUGCUUAUUGGUGUUUUCAUUGAGUGGUUGUAGCUACUGAGUAGCUGAGCAAAUGAGUCGAUUCGUCGAAUCGGACACGGACCAAGCCAACGGGUAGGAUUUAUUGUGGGAGAAGCUCAGUUUGGGAGCAGAGAGAGUGGAUAUGGAUGAGAAACGGCCCAGCUUUCUCGCCAUUCUUCCUUCUUUGGUCCUCGGCUUCGUACAGAAAAAUAGAAAAAGCCCGCUGACGGCUGAAAUUAAUUUGGGGUGCGUAAGAGGGAGAGAAAUAGAGGGAGUGAGAGACGAGAGCAAGCGAGUGCAACAGAGGGAGAGAGACGACUGAAAGCUCUGAAUUGAAGUCUCAAAAAAAUACUCUCAAGCUCACAUCUAUUAUAUUUUUUAAGUCUCCUACGUGUCUAUUGUUUAUUGGAUGGUGUAAUUCUAAACUCUGCACCCGUUCCGAAUUGAAGCUUUUCUCUUUUCUUUUUCUUCUUCUUCUUCUUCAUUUCUCCCUCUCUGUUGGAUGAUUGAGACACACGUUUAGGAAAGCAUACCCAAGGGCAUAUCUGUGUAAGUUAAUUCUACAGAUUUAGUGAUUGAUUCAAGUGCAUGGAUCAAGAAGUGGAGAAAUCCUCACCUCCGACAGAGAGUUUAGACGUGUCUAACUCAAACCGUUCGGACCACAUAACUCGUGUAGGGAAUCUGCUGUUUCGCCAAAUGCUUGUGGGAAUUAAAGACGGACGUUUUUUCUUGGGCACCUUCCACUGCAUAGACAAGCAAGGAAACAUCAUUCUCCAAGAUGCUGUGGAGUAUCGUAGCACCCAACGGUCCUCUCCUUCUCCCAUGGAACAGCGAUGCCUGGGUCUCAUUCUCAUCCCUUUCUCUUGUCGUUCUUCAUGUCAUGUGGAUAGUUCCAUUGAAGAGCAAUUGUCACUGCUAAAGGUUUAGGGAUUGAGAGCAGUUCUGAAUUUCAUAAGCUUUAUGCUCGAGUCGAUGUAUAAGAAACGUGACAUUUCCCUUGUUUGUGAUUAUCAUGUUGUCAUAUCCUGCAUCCAAUAACUGUAACAGAUUCGCUUUAAGUGAAAGCAUUUGCUUUAAGAUUUUCUCUUGAAAUAAUGUGAUGGAGGAGAUGGUUUGACCACAAGCAUACAGAAGAAUGCUUGUUUCUUUUA